CACAACAGCCCGGCUACAUCUGCAGCUAUCUAUCAGCACGGCUCCUUAAGGCAAGUGGCUUACAUAGAGCACAAGAAGCGACCAAUCAGGCGAGACUUAUCCGUCGGACAGCUGAAUCCUGAUGGAACACAAGAAGGCGCGUGUGCACAAUCAGCGCGCAGCGUUUCUGAUGUUCAGUCGCAUCUCCGGCACGUCACAGCAGAUGGGCUUCAAUGUCAUCCUCAUACUCAGAUUAUGACAGCACGGGGAGCGAUACCGAUGUUCCCAAUGACCAUGUACUGGAGAUCGAUUUAGACAGCCUCGAGGCAAAAAACCUUGUUCGACGGGCCGCAUUCUCGAACCUUCACUCUAGCGGCGUCCGACCAGCGUACGAACAGUAUGUCAUAACGGCUUCAGUUCUUAGUCAUCCAGACAACAAGGAAGGGGAGGGGCCGAUGAUUCGUAUCAUCACGCGUACGAAUGACUCUGAACGCGCUACAGGUGAUGAGCGCUGGCUGCAUCUAGGGACAGAGUGCAUUUCUUUCCAAGAGUUCAAGAGAUAUGCGGCCAAUGUUGCUCUUGAGCAUCAUGCCGACUCCUUGCCCGUCGUUAUGUAUUUGUUAGACCACGUACAGGACCAUCACGAACAGCUUUCUGCUUACGGUAGCUAUAUCGAGCCGGGAACGGUACUGAGAUGCGAUGGCAUGGACCGACAUAAUCGCCAUAAGCCGGAUCACUUUGUCACGUUCAUUUCGUUUCCCUACUUCGAUACAAGCCACGGAUCGCCAUUCGAGCCACCUGAAGAUGCAUCGCUACAUCUGACUAGGAGUCUUUUCCAACAGUUUUAUCCACACGAGGUUGCCAAAGAUAGAGAUGAUAGUCAACAGUUCAAGAAGUUCAGACAGACUCGAGGCGGUGAGUACCUGCGAGUGCCUCAACUUUGGAUACUGAUUUUGGACUCCUCAACAAUCGUCACCUGCGGCCCGACUUCGCUCAAAGAAAUGGCACAGGCCUGGCUCGAAAUUAUCCCUGAAGUCAGCCUUGCUAGUACGACACAGAAGCUCGUACAGGUCACGGACACACGCAAGCGCACCACUGUUCUUACCCCUGAACAAUGCGAUUCGUACCUCGAACUCAAACGAAAGAUACAAGACGAAUGUCUAUUCGAUACAAAAGACGACAUCGAUCAAUGUACCAUCCAUGUUGGUGACAGCGAAUUAAUGCUGGACCCAAGCCAUUGGCCUUCCCUUCUGCGAGACACUCAGUCGGCAUUGAUCAAUCUGGUUAUUCGGCGCAGAAUUGCCGCUGAUACUCCGCCGGACGACACUCUGAAAUUCCUGGACGCGCCAGAGACGCGUUUGAUGAUCGAGUAUACAGACCUGGGGUCGGACGAUGAUUCGACUUCGGGAAGGGAGCUGAUACUGCACUCGAUGUCGUAUCGAUCACCGCCUAAAUAUCCAGUGCCAUCAGGCACUAGAGUCGAAAGUAAGAAAAGAUUGAAAGCCGCCGGUUCCGUGGGGAUUAAGGACGAAGCUUUGCAACAGAAUGACUCAGCGUUCUUCCAAGGGAAACAACCCAAGAUCUUUAGGCGUCCGACUGUUGCUGAAGACGAGUCUAAUGAUGGUCACACAAGCGUCUCGUCAUCUUCCAAUGCGAGAUUCGAAAACGGAAGUACUUCCGAGUCUCACACAGGAGAUUCGGAAAAUGAUGGUUCAGGUUCUCCCAUAGGCGCGAAACAUGUCCGGUUCCGAUAUGCACAAUCUGAUGAGCAGUGGGUCACGAACUCGUCAGCUGCUAGUCGGAGCGUGCGUACCAGAGACUUCGACUACAUUAGCGAUGGCAGUGAGGAAAAUACUGUUGCUGGUGCUGCAGACUCGGUCUCGGAGUCAUCCAGUACCAAUUACACCACACUUGUUGCCUCCAAUUCAGCUCUCAUAAAGUGGACUGACCCACUCAGAGGUAUCAGAGAAGCCGCUCUGGAGUCUAUCUCGAAGACUGUCAAUGAGCCCUACCAAGCAAGGGUGGAUGAUUAUGAGUCAUCGAUCAGCUCUGACGGAGGUAGUUCGCUCGCUGAUCAGGUCGAAAUCUUUCCAUUGGAGCCGAAUGGAAUGAGGAGUCGGACCAGCUCUCUCUCCCAAUCCGGUAGGCUUCGAGAUGACGAGCAGGUUACCGGGGAAGGUACUCAUCUAGGUGGUAGUGGAACUUCAGUCCAUGAUGAUGAUCCAAGCGGACCUGAAGAUGCCAGCACCCAAAGCGCUCCAGAAGAACAAACGAAGCCUCUGACCGAACAUGAGUUGAGAAAGGUCAUUCAAGAUGUAAUUGGCACAACUCUGAGAGACAACGAGAGCCAACUCGAAGAGACAAUGCGAACGAGACUCAGGAAAUUUGGAUUCCAGGAUAACCAGAUUGAGGCCAUGAUUAGUCCUGGGAAUGAGCAACCUGCGGGCUCUGGGAGACCUCCAUGUUACUCAACUUUACCGACAUCAUCUGGCUCGCUUGGCAGCCAAAAGCCGACCAAACGUAUUCUGCGAGAGGUUUAUCUAUGGAAAGACGAGUUGGAGAUAGUUGAGGCUGUGUUGGAGCAGCAGAUCGAGACCAUCAACGCUAUCAAAACAGUCCUGAACCCCGACUCUUUCCGGAUCACGAAUCAAGCUCGCAUAAAAGCUUAUAGAAUCCUGGAGCAGCCCUUCGCUAUCCAAGUCAAGGAACAAUUCGAAAAGGUCAUAAGGAAAGAGCUCCAGGCUCUAUAUAAAGAAGCAGACAAGCUGGCCGAAUCACUUCGUCAUAACAUCGAUAUUGCUGAGGAGGGUAACUCGAAAGCCAUCCUGAUCUUCACGCUUGUGACAAUCAUCUUCUUACCUCUCUCUUUCGUGUCUUCUGUAUUCGGGAUGAAUACCAUCGAUGUUAGGGACAUGGAAAGCACACAGACGCUCUUCUGGGCUGUCGCGCUUCCGGUGACCGCAGUCGUUGGCGGGUUGUCAAUGCUAGCUGCGUACGGUGGCCCAACACUACAUCGAUACUACAAAGCUUUGAAAAAGGUGCGGCUUGAGAUUCAUCCUGCGUUAAAGCGACCUGUCCGACCCAAUGAUGAGGAGAAGAUCAUUAUCGCCGAGAAUGACGACGCACCUGAGGCGAGAACCGUCAGGGGACGCAGAAGGCGAAGUUACAUCCAAGUUGCGAGAGGAGACUGGACACGAAGAAGUCGUGCUAGAAUACCAUCCCCAUCACCUCCACCACCUCCGCUCAGGAAACCUACACAAGAAGGGCGGAACGUCACGCUUGGCGACAUGUUGUUCCGCUGA